AUGUCUUUCCAUCUGAACUGCAUUGUCAUCAUCUUAGACUACUGGACAACGGAUUACUCCAAGAAUUUACAAACCAAGGGUGAAAGGAAAGACCUUGUGAAGGCCAAUCUAAAGUGUGUUUUUGCACUGGUGGCUGCUGCGUCUGCUGCCCCUCAGGGGUACAACCUGGGUACGCCCUCUGGUCCUUCCUUUAACUCUGGUAGCUGUGGCAGUGGGCAAGUGCGACAUGUGGACGGCAGUUGCGUGACCCCUCAAGUGAACAGCCGUGUGUUCCUGUACGAUGUGCCAGCAAACGAAGGUGCUGUCAAUCGGCCAGACUAUAUUCCGGAACCUAAGUUGGAACGCAAUAUCAUUUUUGUGAGACUUCCUGACGGCGCACAGGGACCAGAACCCAUUGUCGUACCACCGCCACAACAGCAACACGUCGUGUAUGUCCUGAACAAGCAGUCUGAACAGGACCAGCGAGUGAUCGAGGUUCCAGCGCCGCCGCCAUCCAACCCCGAAGUGUUCUUCGUGAACUACGCAGAAGGAGAGAACCCGACUCUUCCCAGCGGAGUCGACCUCCAGACGGCGUUGAGCGCAGCUUCCCAGGGCGGCGGCCAAGUUGUUGGAGGAGGAAUUGGAGGUGGUAUCGGAGGUGGUAUCGGAGGUGGUUUCGGCGGUGGUAUCGGUGGAGGCAGUGGAGGCGGUUUCGGUGGUGGUAUCGGAGGCGGUUUCGGUGGUGGUAUCGGAGGCGGUUUCGGAGGAGGCAGUGGAGGCGGUUUCGGUGGUGGUAUCGGUGGUGGUAUCGGCGGAGGCAGUGGAGGUAGUUUCGGCGGUGGUAUCGGAGGCGGCAGUUACUCCCCUCCUUCUAACCUUUACAGCACACCUUAA